GUUAUUCCGACAGCGAAGUUGGCAGUUUAAGAGCUUGCCAGUUCCGAAGCGAAGUCAGCCACAACCAGUUAACCAGGCGAAAACCGGCAGCGCAACCAGCAGAAGCAUUUCAAAUAAUAUUCAAAGUCUUUACUUUUGAUUGAGUUUAUAACUUUAAAAAUGUGUGGAAUAUUUGCUUAUCUGAAUUACCUCACUCCCAAAUCGCGCCAGGAGGUGCUCGACCUGCUGGUCACGGGACUGAAGAGGUUGGAGUACCGCGGCUAUGAUUCCACUGGAGUUGCCAUCGACUCGCCAGAUAAUAAAAACAUUGUAAUGGUUAAGCGGACGGGGAAGGUCAAGGUGCUAGAGGAUGCCAUCCAGGAGCACUUCAGCGGCGGCGAAUACGGUGAGCCUGUUUUGACCCACAUCGGCAUCGCCCACACCCGCUGGGCCACCCACGGCGUGCCCUGCGAGAGGAACUCCCACCCGCACCGCUCCGACGAAGGGAACGGCUUCGUUGUGGUCCACAACGGCAUCAUCACGAACUACAACGACGUAAAGACCUUCUUAGCCAAGCGCGGCUACGAGUUCGAGUCGGACACGGACACGGAGGUGUUCGCCAAGUUGGUGCACCACCUGUGGAAAACCCACCCCACAUACUCGUUCCGCGAGCUGGUCGAGCAGGCUAUUCUGCAAGUGGAAGGCGCCUUUGCCAUUGCCGUAAAGUCCAAGCACUUCCCCGGAGAGUGCGUUGCCUCGCGCCGCAGCUCACCCUUGCUAGUCGGAAUUAAGACGAAGACUCGCCUGGCCACGGACCACAUCCCCAUUCUCUAUGGAAAAGAUGACAAGAAGCAGAGCUCCGACAAAGAUGCCGACUCCGGCAAGGCUCAAGAUAUUCGUCCACAUGGACCAUCUCGUGAAUUACCAGUGCUUCCGAGAUCGGACAGCACCUCCGAGUUCAUGCCUCUGGAGGAGAAAGAGGUGGAGUACUUCUUCGCAUCGGACGCUUCCGCCGUUAUUGAGCACACCAAUCGUGUCAUCUACUUGGAGGAUGACGACGUGGCAGCGGUUCGCAAUGGAACGCUGAGCAUCCAUCGCCUGAAGAAAAGCCUGGACGAUCCACACGCGCGCGAAAUCACUACAUUAAAGAUGGAAAUUCAGCAGAUCAUGAAGGGCAACUACGACUACUUUAUGCAAAAGGAAAUUUUCGAGCAGCCCGACUCUGUGGUUAAUACAAUGCGUGGUCGCGUACGCUUCGACGAAAAUUCAAUUGUACUAGGAGGAAUUAAGGACUACAUUCCAGAAAUUAAACGCUGUCGGCGCCUAAUGCUCAUUGGGUGCGGCACGUCAUACCAUAGCGCCGUUGCCACUAGGCAGCUCCUCGAAGAGCUAACCGAGCUGCCUGUUAUAGUUGAGUUGGCAUCCGACUUUCUGGACCGCAACACUCCCGUUUUCCGAGACGACGUCUGCUUUUUUAUCUCUCAGUCUGGCGAGACUGCAGACACCCUGAUGGCCCUGCGCUAUUGCAAGCAACGGGGAGCCCUUAUCAUGGGAAUCACCAACACCGUGGGCAGCAGCAUUUGCCGAGAGUCCCACUGUGGAGUGCACAUUAACGCUGGCCCGGAGAUCGGUGUGGCCUCGACGAAGGCAUACACGUCGCAGUUCAUCUCAUUGGUGAUGUUUGCGCUGGUCAUGUCCGAGGACCGCCUCUCACUGCAGCAGCGUCGACUGGAAAUUCUGCAGGCUUUGUCAACGCUCGCGGAUCAAAUUCGUGCGGUUCUUAAACUCGACUCGAAAGUCCAGGAGCUGGCCAAGGACCUCUACCAGCACAAGUCACUGCUGAUCAUGGGUCGCGGCUACAACUUUGCCACCUGCCUAGAGGGAGCCCUGAAAGUCAAGGAGCUGACCUACAUGCACAGCGAGGGCAUAAUGGCCGGGGAACUAAAGCACGGCCCACUGGCCCUCGUCGAUGAUUCCAUGCCCGUCUUGAUGAUAGUCCUGCGCGAUCCCGUCUACGUCAAGUGCAUGAACGCCUUGCAGCAGGUAACUUCGCGCAAGGGCUGUCCGAUUAUCAUUUGCGAGGAGGGAGACGAGGAGACCAAAGCGUUCUCUUCCCGCCACCUGGAGAUCCCCCGAACCGUUGAUUGCCUGCAGGGUAUUCUCACCGUUAUCCCCAUGCAACUCUUAUCCUAUCACAUUGCUGUACUUCGCGGAUGCGAUGUCGAUUGCCCCAGAAAUCUAGCAAAGUCCGUGACGGUCGAGUAACACGACUAUGAUAGUCUUCUUGGCCAACAUGGCCCCCAUGAUAAUCUCUACUCAUUCUUGGCGACAUCGUUACACAUAUCACAUUCGUUAAUCAAUCAUUUAAAACAGUUUAAAAUAACCAUCAUCAGUGUUUAUAAAGAAACGAACUCUUAUUAUAAUUAAUAAAUUUUUGUUAGCGUUUA